GUAAACUUGUAUGUAAAGAUAAAAAUAAAAGUAAAAAAACACCUGUCUGUGUGAAGGUUAGGUAAAAGAAAAAGUUUAUGUCUUCUCCCUCGUUACAUUAUUACGACCCAUAAAGUACAUGGAUUUGGGCAAGACCAGAACAUUAGUGAAGUAGAAGUGUAGAAGCGCUAUGUCAUCAUCUGCGAGACUGAAAAGAGUUUGGCCUGUUGGGCGCCACCGCAUUGUCACUACACUGAAGCAGGCUGUUGGGGCUGUUAUCGUCUCGGGGGUGGCCUGGAUUGCGUACGAGGUGCGUUGCACGUACACUGCACUCAGUAGUGUUAUGCGGCCGGAAGUUAUGGAGCUCAAGACGAAGAGGAGCAACUACAUUUUUAUCAAUGACCCAAACUUCGGAGAACUGUUUGAGACGCUGGAGGAGUCGGACAGGGCCCGAAAGAGAGCCAGCGUGUUCUGGUCAAGACUGCCAUCGCCCGUCGGGUGGCUCACGUGGUGGAGGAAGACGCUGGCUUGGCGGCUGCUCUCUGUAGCGCAGACGGGCGACCUGCGCGAACGCAGGCGUGCGGUUCACCUGCUAGCACAGCUCGGCCACUUGACAGACAGUGACUGCAGGCAUCUGGCUCAGGCUUGUGAUGCCCGAACUGCAGUGGGGCUCGCGCGCAUCUCGGACAUAGACCUGCGGUUCUUCCUCCCGCCGCCUUACGCUCACCUCAACCCCUCCAUGCAGGAACUUAUUGAUCAUAUGCGUAAUCUGCUGUUGACUCUUGAGUCGCAGACUGAGCAUCUGUGUGUCGAGUACUUCCUCUCGAAAGCUUUUCCAGAGAUACAAAACAGGUACCUGCCAUUUGACAUGGAUGUAUCAUUGGAAGUACGCCAGCAGCAGCGUUUAACAGAAGACAAACUGUUGAGAUCCUGCGUGGAGAACCUGCUUCAUCAUUGCGCAGUUGGUCAGAAUGCCAAAGAUCUGGUAACGGUCGGAGCCCUGCCUCUGCUGAUGGCUAUAUACAGACGCUAUCAUGACAGUCUUGACAUGAAAAUCAUGCUGUGCAAGAUACUGUCGUACGUUUCCAUCCAUGACAAUGUCUUGGACCAUGUGUUUAUGUCAGGGUGGGUGGGCGUCCUGGCAGAGAGCGCCCGGAGCCCCAGCAUGAGGCUGUCGGCGCCGGCCCAGCGAGCCCUGGUGAACUUGGACCGGGACGAGAAGGUGCCCGGGACGUACCACCCCCACGUGUAUCUGCUGCACCCCACGCACCGGCAGGAGACCCCCGUGGCGGUUGACGUGGUGUUCGUGCACGGCCUGCUGGGCAGCAUCUACGUCACCUGGCGCCAGCGUGACCGGGCUCCUGCUGCCACUAGCGGCUCCAAGACUCUGCAUCGGGGUGGAAGCCAUGUCCAGUCCCAGUAUCAGCCUAGCGACAGCAACAUGGCGGAGUACCUGAAUGAAGCAACACAAGCUGACAGAGAGAGUUGGAGCGACAUCUUGAAGGAAUAUGUGGUAGUGAUGUCGGACAUUCCGAUUGGGGGCAACGCAUCCGCCAAUGGGCCCUUUCAUCUCACUCAGAUCCGAGGCUCGUCCCUGGAGGAGAUGACAGGCCCCACGCAGUGCUGGCCCAGGGACUGGCUGCCCCAGGAUUGCAGCAACGUGCGUGUCAUCGGCAUCAGCUACGACACCGCUCUCUCCUUCUGGGCCCCCAUCUGUCCUGUGGACCAGCGCAUGAGGCAUCUGGACGGACGUAGCGAGGAGCUUCUCGAGAAGAUGAAACAGGCAGGACUCGGCGCCCGCCCUAUAGUGUGGGUCGCGCACUCCAUGGGUGGCCUCAUUGUCAAGAACAUGCUAGUCAAAGCAUGGCAGAGCGGAGACGAGGAGCUGCAGCGUAUCUGCCGCAGCUCGAGAGCUGUGGCGUUCUACAGCGUCCCGCACAGGGGCUCCCCGCUGGCUGCACUGCGCCAGACCACGCAGUUCCUCCUGUGGCCUUCCAUCGAGGUGCAGGAGCUGCGCCAGGAUUCGCCGGGGCUGCUGUCGCUGCACGACCAGUUCCUGCAGAUGCUGCGCGAGGUGCCCCUGGAGGUGGUGAGCUUCACCGAGACCCAGUCCACGCUCGUGUCGCGCCUCCGCAUGCAGUUCAACUUCGUGCCCCAGUCAUCGGCCGAUCCAGGUGUGGGUGAGUUCUACGAGAUACCACAAGACCACCUGUGCAUUUGCAAACCUGCAAACCAGCAGUCAUUCCUGUACCAAAAGCUGCUGUCUGUAAUCCAGAAGUACUGCAGAUAGCAAAUAUCACCCAGCUUAUCAGAAAAGAAGCCUUCUUGAUGGUGCAUCUUUUUCACAGAGUUAAGUGUGGUACCUGCUUUCACCAUAUCUUAUUUUGAUAUGCAUAUUCCUAUCUGCAAAGUAACUUUGUAGCUUUUCCACAAAUAAAUUAUAAUUUUUUAUUGUUAUAUUUCAUUGUGUCUUUUAUUGUUUUGUGACCUAAAUUAUUGAUUGCUCUCAUGGCCAAUGGGUAGAGCCAAGAUUUUAUGAUUUUAUAAAAGAUUACCUAAUUUCUGUCAUUAAAAAUUGUGAA